AUGUCGCUAGUGUUGCUGCUAGCAUGCGCGCGAGCACAAAGCGAGCCGCUCCAGGAAGCAGUUCAGAGUCGAAGCGACGCAUACGGCGUAUACGCGAACGAGUACGCCCGCGGAUAUGAACCCAUGGCCUUCGCAGCCAUCCCUCUCCACGCGCCAUUACCAAUCAUCCACAUCGUCUCCAGUGCGCCUUUAAACCGAUAUCAAUCAACGCAGUCGAGAAGAUCGCCUUAUAACGCUCCAACGUCCUACAGCAACCACGUUUCUUCAUUCGUGCAUGCCCCAAGCACGAGCCAUCAUGUCUCCUCAUUCGUGCAAUCGCCGAGCACACUAGCGACAUCGCACGCGCAUCAAACGCAUUAUCGACAAAAUACUUACCCUCAAACAUUGCAACCGUAUCAACCUCCUUACGCUCAACAAAUGCCAUACUACCCGCCGCCGUUGUACCGCCAACCAAAUAUAUACGCCGCUUCAAUGCCUUACGGAAUGAACGCGGAUCUCCCCGAUAUUGAAGACGAUGCCCCGACUAUACUCUACGCCCGACCCCAACCACAUGGAGGCUACACAUACCAUAAAAAACCUAGUAAGAAACGGAUCCCACCCAAGAAGAAAGAACCAGUAAUCAUCAGAGUACACAAAUACAGAGUCGUCAAAGGCAGAUAGACAAACGAACGAUACUUAGCCCAUUUUGUAAACCUAUUACUUUUUGUACUUAGUCAAAAUCAGUCAUGUAUAUAAUUUAGGUAUUCUAAAAUGUAACAUAGUAUUUACUUAUAAGUAAUUAGGUAGAAAAUGUUGCUGUAAGCUUU